AUGAAACCAUAAAUUUGUUUAUUAGGCAUUCAGAAGUUUGCCAAAGAUAAAUAGGUUUUGAAAUAAUUGUAAGAAUAAUUAGGAGAUAAAUUUAUCAAUCCUAGCGAAAUUAUUAAGCCUAAAAUGAAGCCAUUUUGUUUUUUGUAAUUCAUUGAUGAGGAUUAAAAAAAUGUAAUAGUUGAGUUUAUAAUAAAGAAUUUUGUUAAGUUAAUUGAAGAUAAUCCAGAAUUGAAACUUAGGAUAGGAGAGGUUCAUAAUGAAAAUGCUUUUGAAAAAUAAUUAGAGAAGAAAAUUAAACAAUAAAAAUAGAAUGAAGAAGAAGUCAAGCAAUUUUAAGAAAAGCAUUAGAAUAGAGAUGUCAUUGAAAGAAAGGAUAAUGAAUUAGCAUUAUAAACAGCUCCACUUUAUUAAGUUAAAUAUGAAGAAUAAAUUGAACAGAAGAUGGCUGAACUAAAAAAGGUAAUUAAAAAAUUAAGAAAUUAAUUUAUAUAAAAAAAUGGUAAAGAGUAUUCCCCUGAUUGGAUUCUAGAGUAAUUUUACAUAUAAUACUAGUACAAAUUUAAUUAAACUAAAUGAGCCAAUAACUUGUGAUGAAUAAUUUAGAUUUAAUUAUCGAAACAAAAGCGAAUUUACAAUCAGCUAUAAUAGUUAAAAAGAAGUUUGUGUCGGUUUUAAUGUGGGUUCAGUCCAAAAAAAUAAUGAUAGUGUUGAAUCAGUAUUAAAUAAUCAUUAUAAAAAGCCUAACACAUGUCCAGUAACACCUGCUAUCGCUAUGGAAAUUGCCAAUAAAUUUUAGACAUACUUAUAAUCCUCUAAAUUUUAACCUUUUAAUAGAUAAAAUGGGAGUGGAGUAUGGAGGAUGUUGAGUGUUAGAAAGAGUGACAGGACUAAGUAAUUACUAAUAAGUGUAAGCAUCAAUAAAGACAAUUUAUAAUAAGAUGAAUAUGCUUAGGUUUGUGAUGAAUUAAUUACACUAUUUGACACUGCUUAUGGGGAAUUCAGUUUACAAGGAUUAUUAUUAAUGCAUUCAAAUAAAUUGGGUUAGGAUUUAGCUAGUUCUGGUGAUGACACAAAAAUAUUAUUUGGAAAUUCGUAUUACUAAGAAAUCAUCUUAGACAAAAAAAUCAAUAUAUCUUACAAUGCCUUUUCUUAGAAUCACACACCUCAAUGUGAUAAAUUAUAUUAAGUAAUUAUUGAUCUUUGUAAAAACAAAAAAAUCACCAAGUUUUUGGAUUUGUGUGCUGGUAGUGGUACUAUAGGGAUUUGUGUGAGUGAUUAAAUUCAAGAUAUUUUAGCUAUUGAAAUGAAUAAGUCUUCAUGUGAGGACGCUAGUGAAAACUAUAAAUUAAAUAAUCUUCAAAAUUGUUAAAUUAUUUGUUCAAAGGUGGAAGAUGUUAUAAAAAAGGUUGCUCAAGAUUUAAAGAGUUUUGAAGGGAAAUAGCAACUGAUGGCUUGUUUAGAUCCACCUAGAGCUGGAGUCCUUAAUAAUGUUAUCGAAGCUAUCAGAACUUGUAAGGGUAUAGAUCACAUUAUUUAUGUUUCUUGUUCUCCUCCUCAGGUAAUUGAUAAUUUAAUUUAACUCUGCUUACCUCAAUCUAAAAAGAAUAAAGCUCCUGGAUUUAAGUUAGUAAAUGUGACUUUAGUUGAUAUGUUCCCUUAAACAAGUCAUUUUGAAGCAGUAUUCUAUUUAGAGAGAGAUUAUGGUAUAUUAUCUGAGCUGAUGUGAGAUAAAUAUGAAUGUGUUGUAUAAUAAGAAUAUAUAAG